AUGCAAUAUUGCUUUACUGAAAGCAAAGCAUUGAAGCCCAUAUGUCUUAUUUGCUCCACUAUGAUUACCGUCACCAAAAAAUAUAAUUUAGAACGGCAUUUUAAACAAAAUCAUUCAAGUAUUAAUAAAAACUACCCGGAAGGAAGUUCUCUAAGAGCUGAGUUUAUAAAGAAGAAAAAAAAAGAAAUAUUUGCCAAAAAUAAAAAGCCUUUUUCUGAUGGGGAAAUUAUUAAAGAGGCUUUAUCAAUUUUUUCUAAUAACUGUAAUGAUAAAAAUAUAAAAACUAAAGCAGACGGUAUUUCACUUUCGAGAAAUACUGUAACAAGACGAGUAGAGGAGAUGUCAAACGAUAUUAGCAACCAAAUAACACAAACCGUAACGAAAUAUUUAUUAGAGCUCAGCCAGUUGGAAACUACAAGUACCAGAAGAGACAUAUUUAUGAAAAUCAAGAAAUGUGUCGACAGAAAAGGUAUAGCGUGGGAAAAAAUUAAUUCUGUUUGUACUGAUGGAGCACCCGCUAUGAGGGGAAAAAUAAAUGGUUGUGUGGCCUUGUUAAAACAGUUCUUAGGCCGGGAAUUAUUUUCAUAUCAUUGUAUCAUCCAUCAGGAAGCUUUAUGUGCCAAAGAUAUGAAGUUUAAUGAUGUUAUUGAUCCUGUAGUACGCUGUAUUAAUUAUAUCCGAGCCAAAGCUCUUCAUCGAAGACAAUUCAGGGUUUUAUUUGAAGAAGAAAUCAAUGAAUUCGGUGAGUUACAUUUGUAUUGUGCUCUCCGCUGGUUAUCUAAGGGUGAAAUGCUGAAACAUUUUUUUCAUUUGCGGAGAGAGGUCUUGCAAUUUUUAGUAGAAAAGCAGGCAAUGCCUGAUGAGCGAGAUUUACUUGAAAGUGAAUCAUGGUUAUGCGAUCUUGCGUUUUUAAUAGAUAUUACACAGCACCUCAACAUACUUAACCGGAAGCUGCAAGGAAAGGACUGUUCGUUACCAAUAAUGUUCAAUUUGGUUUAUGGAUUUAAAGCGAAACUCUCCCUUUUUUUGACAAAUUUGACUAGAAAUAAUAUCGAUCAUUUUCCUACGCUUGUAGAUAUAAGAGGAAAACUAGAAAAUACUUCACCUGACAUCUCGAAAUAUCAAACACAAAUUCAAUUAUUGUUGCAGUCUUUUGAGAACAGAUUUCAGGAUUUUGAGAAGGACAAAAAUAAUAUUUUGUUUUUCAUGAACCCAUUUUCAAUCACUUUUAGUGAAAUACAAAAAUAUUCAUGCAAUAUCCAGUUGGAAAUCACAGAAAUUCAAAACCACGUUUCCUUGAAGCAGAUAUUUACCGAAAUUGUAUUAUCACAACCACAACUGCAGUCUUCAGAAAAUUUAUUAAAAUUUUGGAAAUUAGUACCAAAAGAAGACUUUCCUGCAACGUGUGAUCUUGCCUUGCAGAUUUCAAGCAGAUUUGGAUCAACAUAUAUUUGCGAAAAAACUUUUUCUACUCUAACCUAUGUCAAAAAUAAAUAUCGUAGUUCGUUAACUGCGCCUCAUAUUUCAGAUUUGAUGUUGUUAUCAACAUCAGAUUUAUCACCAGAUAUUGAAAAAUUAUUAGCUAAUAAGUCUCUUCAUAGGUCUCACUGAUGUUUUUUUUUAAAUAUUAUUAAAAAUUAAAACAUGUGAAAUUUAAAA